ACAGUUAAGCAGCGUCCGUCUGUGUGUGUGUGCACCAUUGCUUUUGCUUUUGCCUUAGCUCUCCCACUGCUGCUCCUUGGAGCUGAGCCCUUUGCCCAGCUGUAGGUGCCCUGUUUGUCGCCAAAGGGAACUCGGAUGGCUCUCUGGGCUGGCCGUGCCAGGGGCUGGUUUCAGCAGCGUGGUGCAUAGGCCUGCAUGGAACAAGUUGGACCUCCAGCUGCCUGCCUGCCUGCCCCAUCAGUGCCUUCUAACGGUGCCUGGGGUGGCCUCUGGCCAUGCUGCUCCUCCUCACUGUGCCUCGGCCUCCGUUCCUGAUGGACAAAGCCAGGAUUGACAGCUGCUGCUGUGAAAUUGAAGCCAAGAAGGCUUGCGACUGGCUGCGAGCGGCAGGAUUCCCGCAGUAUGCCCAGCUUUAUGAAGACUCGUUGUUCCCUCUUGACAUCGGCGCUGUGAAAAAAGACCACAGUUUCCUGGACAAGGAUUCUCUCAAAUCUCUCUGCAGGAGGCUGAUGACCCUGAACACAUGUGCCUCCAUGAAGCUGGAAGUCCACUUUCAGCGUAAACAGAAUGAAGACUCUGAGGACGAGGACCUGUGCGCCAUCAGUGACCGGUGGGCUUUCCAGCGGGACAGCAAGAGGUGGUCCCGGGUGGGCUCUGCUGAUGUUCUCUCCCAGGCCUCUGAGGUCCCCACCUCCAGCGUGCGGCAGGCGUCCAGCCAUGAGAGCGUCCUCACUGACCUCAGCACCAACCCGGAGGCUGUGUCCCUUCACAGCAGCGCCAGCAUGGGCAGCACACUCGGUGUUGCAGCCACAGCACCUGACCUGUCCCCUGGCCACGGUGCUGCUGUCUCCCAGCCCACCUGCAGCCCCAGCAGCUGCUCCUUGGCCAAGCAGCCCUUGAACCACGGCGAAUGUUCCAAGGAGAAACCAAAGAAGAGGAGAUCUCGCAGCUUCCUGAAGAGGAUUGAGUCGCUUCGAAGGAAGGACAAAGAGAAAGCUGGCCCAGAUGAGAAGGAUGUUCCAUGCGGCGGUGUUGUGGCCAAUCCUGGCUGGUACUGCACAAAGAAUAAUGGGGACCUCUCAGCCACCAAGGCCAACUCUCCUAAAAGAGGAGUAUCUGCCUCUUUCCAUGGCAAAAAACACUUCUUCUCAGUGUCAUACAGGACUAACCGCUUGGUGGACUCAGGCAGAGGCAAGGUGGGCUCUGACCCAAAACGGAGCGGGCUCCACCUGGAGGCCUGUCAGACAGCCACAGAGCCCAGUGGUGACUGGGCUGCAGGACAAUGCCAGCACCGGCAGGCGUGCCGUGGGGACUGCCUGGUCUAUGUUCCCAGGGACCACAAGCCGGGCACCUUCCCCAAAUCCCUCUCCAUUGAGAGCUUGUGCCCCCUCGGCAGCGGCUCCUUGAGCAGCUGGAAGCCGGGAGCCAAGUCUGGGGGUCUGCUGGGGGGUUGUGGCAGCAGCAGCGGUGUGGAGGGCUCAUCCUCCCCGCAGGGCUUUGCCUGCCGCCGCCGCGGUUCCUGCAGCUCCCUGGGCAGCCGGGUGAGCGUGUACGACAAUGUGCCCGAGUUUGGCAGCGCUGAGGAUCUCUGCAAGGGAGAUGAGGAGGUGACCUACGAGAACCUGGACGAUAUCCUGCAGCACAUGUGGGGGCUGCAGCAGAAAGUGGAGCUCUGGUAUAAAGCCAUCUCCCCCGAACUGGUGGGGGAAGAAGGGGGCGAGGAGGAAGAGGAGGAGGAGGAGGAAGAGGAGACAGACUCGGGAGGGGAGCCCACCUUCCCCUCCAACCUGCACCUUGAGGAGCGCUCCAUGUCAGACGUCGGCACCUCUGCCAGUGACUUCGACAGCACGGGCAACUCCCUGAACGAGGCCGAAGAGCUGGAGAUGCGGGAGCGCCGCGACUCGGGCGUGGGAGCGUCGCUCACCCGGCCGUGCAGAAAGCUGCGCUGGCACAGCUUCCAGAACUCCCACCGGCCCAGCCUGAACUCUGCCUCGCUGGAGAUCAAUCGCCAGUCCUCUGCUCAGCUCAACCUGCUCCAGAAGUGCUCCUUGCUGCGGCUCACAGCUAUCAUGGAGAAGUACUCCGUGCCCCACAAGCAAACCUGGACGUGGACUGUGCCCAAGUUCAUGAAGCGGAGCAAAGUCCCUGACUACAGGGACAAGUCAGUCUUUGGGGUGCCACCCAUCAUCAAUGUGCAGAGGACGGGGCAGCCGCUGCCGCAAAGCAUCCAGCAGGCGAUGCGUUACAUCCGCAGCCAGUGCUUGGACCAGGUUGGCAUUUUCCGUAAAUCAGGGGUGAAGUCUAGGAUCCAGGUGCUCCGUCACAUGAAUGAAACCAGCCCUGACAACGUUAACUACAAGGGGCAGUCAGCGUACGACGUGGCAGACCUGCUGAAGCAAUAUUUCCGUGACCUGCCGGAGCCCAUCUUCACCAGCAAGCUCACCGACACCUUCCUGCAGAUCUAUCAGUUUGUGCCAAAGGAGCAGCAGCUGCAGGCAGUGCAGGCUGCCAUCAUCCUGAUGCCGGAUGAGAACCGUGAGGUGCUGCAGACUCUGCUCUACUUCCUGAGUGACAUUGCCUCUGCCGAGGAGAACCAGAUGACUGCUGGAAACCUGGCCGUGUGCCUGGCCCCCUCACUCUUCCAUCUCAACGUGUCCAAGAGGGAGAGCACCUCACCGAGGGUGAUGCACAGGAGAGGCACUAUGGGGAAGCCUGACCAGAAGGACCUGAAUGAGAACAUGGCUGCAACACAGGGGCUCUCCCACAUGAUCACUGACUGCAAGAAGCUCUUCCAGGUCUCCCAUGACAUCUUGCUCCAGCUGAGCAGUUCUUACAUGUCAGCAGAUGCUUACCCCCACCCCCUGUCCGAAUUUAUGACCCCGAGUCAAGGGGAAGGCAAGGAUUUACACUCCUACUUUGAGCAGAAUGUCCGGAACCUGCUCAAAGAGUCAUCAGAGAAAUUCAAGGGAUGGCUGAGCACCCCAGGACCCCUCAACACGGAGCUCUCCUGCAAAAAGCAGGUUGGGGACGGGCACCCCCUGCGCUUGUGGAAGGUCUCCACGGAGGUCGAGGCCCCUCCCUCCACGGUGCUGCAGCGGGUGCUGAGGGAGCGCCACCUCUGGGACGAGGACCUGCUUCAGAGCAAGGUGGUGGAGGCUCUGGACAAGGACAUGGAGGUGUAUCACUAUGUGACGGACAGCAUGGCGCCUCACCCACGCAGGGACUGCGUGGUGCUCAGGUGCUGGCGCACAGACCUGCCACGAGGAGCCUGCCUGCUCAUCUCCAUCUCGGUGGAGCACGACAAGCUGCAGGUGGAGGGAGGUGUUAAAGCCGUGGUGCUGACCUCGCAGUAUCUCAUCGAGCCCAGCGCCAUGGGACGCUCCAAAGUGACGCACAUCUGCAGGGCUGACCUCAGGGGCCGAUCGCCGGAGUGGUACAACAAAGUCUUUGGGCACCUCUGUGCCAUGGAGCUGGUGAGGAUCCGAGAUUCUUUCCCAGCACUGAGUCCGAAUGGCCCUGAGACCAAGAUCUGAGGAGCUGGGAAGAUGCUGCAUCCUGUCAGACCACAGACUUGCAGCCAAUGGGGCUGGGACACGGGGAGGGGAGUGAGAAGCUGACAUGCCACUAAGAUGGGCACAUAUUUAUAUGCUUCCUUUUAACCUGGGCCUGGCCCCCCAACAGAGAGCCACAGGCUGCUCUAUGUGUGCGUGGCCCUUCUCCGCUCCCCCUGCAGGGCCGUUUGCCACCAUUCCUUGGAGGGACAGGGGCAGCUGGACCCCCCACACCUGCCACUGCUCCUUUGUCCUGUCCCAUGCAUGCUACAGGGCUGGCUGCCGGCAGUGAUGGAGCUGUGCCCCGAGGGGCUUUGUAGGAGAGAUGGACAAGAGCAUCUUGCUUGCCCCUGGAGAAGAGAGGGGGCUUUGGGGUGAUGCCCAACGGUCCAGAAUGAGCUGGACCAGGAGCUGCUCCGGGUGAGGGUGUGUGGAGCAAAGCUGGAGGCAGCAGAGGUGUGGGAGCUGAGGGGGCAGGUGGAGCCAAGGCCAGAGAUCACGGUGCUGUGUGAGGAGGUGAGGACUGGGUGGUGAGAGGACAAGCGUGCAUGUGCAGUGUCACCCAGUGUGGGGACAGGCAGGGAGCUGGGCUGGGAACCUGUUUGCUGAAGGAUGCUCUUAUUGGAGGAGAGGACUACAUAGAUAGCUAUAGAUCCAUUUACUGACAACCACUGUCAAGUGGCAGAAGGAAUCUACUGCUGUUACCUUUGGUGCUAAAUUUCAUAGGAGACGAAGGAUAAAGCUGUCUGAUCCACUGCCUUGGACUUCUUCAACUGAAAGAUGCCCCUGUGCACUGCAUUGCAGUGGGGGCUGGAUGGACGUGUGUCCAAGCCAGGUGCCAUCCUUCCACACCAGUGUCAGGCAGUUGGACGGGGGGUGGACAAGGCUAGAAACCCAGAGCAGCUGCAGGGAAGCUAAUGAAGGGGCAGCGAUACAAGGGGGCUGAGACAGUGGAGCAAGAAGGGUGGAAGCAGGAUGUGCCCAGCACUGCAGCUCCCAGCUCCCUGCUUACAGCUGGAAGGUCUCAGUGCACCCCUACCAGAGAGGGGUGAGGGGAGCUGAUCAUGCAGCAACUGCUUCCAUUAAAGCAAGCAAAUGGUGAUAACCCAACUGCUAGAGCCAGGCUUAGUACACCUCCUGUGCACUGCAGUAAACAGGCACGGUGGAUUCACGUCUCUCUGGGCAACUGCAGGCAGCAGAGCUUGUGACCCACAGGAGUGCAGAGCUGCCCCAGCACCCCUCCAAGGAGCUUGGCUUCCCCUUACCAGCCCUUCCUUCUUCCUGCAGUGCCCAGAACUGACCUGGUUUCUCCUUUAGGCAGGGACCCAAGUUACUUGACGUCGUUCCAACUGGAAGGCAACACGACCCACAGGCGGGAGCAAUUCCCAGUGCCAGUUUUGCCAUAACAAAUCAUGUCUGUCUCUCUUUUGGUUAAAAAGAAAAUAAAAAUGACCCAGUCUGCA